CGUCACCCAACGACUCUCUUCAACCUUUCUUUUGCCUCUUGUGUCAAACCUCUCUGUCCUUUAUCCGCUUGCUCUCGUGCUCUACCAGGAAUACCCUCCUUAUUUGACCUUGACUCACCGCCCAGCCAACAGUAUGCCUCGUGAACCGCAAGCCACCGAACGUCAACCACCCCCUGCUCCCGAACAUCGUGCUCAGCGUAUCGGGGACCUGCUUGAACGCGAGUAUAUGCCGACGAGCGCUAGGUGGGAAAAAGGUCUUACGAGGGCCUUUUCAACGCCCUGUGCUAUGAUGCAACCAGAGAGGACGAAUAUAGAACACGGAUGCUCCAUUUGUUCUCCAUCGAAUAUUGUUGGGCACGCGAAUCUGGCUUUCUUAUGCCAGUAUCACCCUUAAGUCGGAGGACAUGGGCUAUUUGAAGAGCCGCGGUAUGUCAAUGCCAUUUUCGGACACGGACACAAGUAAGAUAAUAAAUCAGUUGAUGCCCUCCAAGGCGAGAACAGACAACGCAACCGAGGAGAUCCCCUUUCAUAGUCGACCAAGAUCGCUUACGGCCGGUAUCCGAAUUCCCGAUAUCGCGAUAGUUUUCUCUUAUAAACAUCCGGAAGCCGAUGCGGAGGGCCCGGAAUCCAAAUCAACAGAAGAAGAAGAAGAAGAAGAAGAAGCAAUUCAUUCGCAAUCCAUUUGGCUUGCCGCCGAAUUCAAGAUCUAAAUUCCCGAACACCUUUCCCUUCCACUCCACUGUCCUUCCAUUCCCAUCCAUAAUCGAUUCUGUUGUUGUCCUACUCUCUAUCCGCUCGCCAUUCGCCCGUUUCCGAGCUGAUCCCUUCCCCUUCCAUCCCCAUCUAGCGACUUUCUCUCCUAUUCUCGGAGUCUGUCUUGUAGCCUGCAUGCGAUAAGAUACCCUUGGCUCCAAGAACCCACCAUCGAGCAUGGAGCAUCGAGAGGUAGGUGUUGGUGUGCAGGGUAUACACUGUGAACGGAGGGGGAUUUGCAGGUAAGUCCAUACUUAUCCUCCUAGCAAGAUGAACGGAAGCCCUCUACGCGAAGGCUGAAGACUUCAAGAAGCUCGUCGCUAAGUAUGGUAUGACCCGUCUCGUUCUCCAGCCUCAACCAGUUUGACGGAUAUCCCCAGGGCUCUAAGUGUGCCGAGUGGGUCUGGCGAAAGGCUAAAAAGUAGUUGCUCUCUGUUCCGAGCUCGGUGUCGAGCAGCUCCAAUGUACUUUAGGUUGGAUCUAACGAUUAUGCCGAGGCCAACGCGCCUGAAGAAAAGACUGCCGAGGACAUACGUUGGCUCGCUGAGUUCAUUGCGAAGCAGAAUCCUCCUGUGAAGAUUGCUUACGAGCCUUGGUGUUUCUCCAAGCGAGUCAUCGACUGGGAGCACACCUGGAAGAUUGUCCAGCUCGGUGUAAGUCCUGCUGUUUUUCCUCCACUUCAUUUAACGCCUAAGGGAGUGGCGGAGGAAAAGUUGGAAGCAGCUUAUACGUAAGUUGGACGUUUAACAAGUAAGAGCGGAGGGAAAGAACGGAAGUAUUUGUACUGUACAGUACUCAUAGAGUAUACAUCAACCUAAUAAAAU